UAGACCUCAAAGUGCGAGCCCCUCUCUCUCUUUAGUCUUUGGUUAAGAUCAGGGGGGCGAGGUCUCCUUGUUCUCAAAUGAACCAUGUACUGUCUCUGGACUGCAAGAUUCGGACAUAUUCUACUACACUACUUUGUCUUACACUUAUGGAUUAAUAAUACGGCAGCAGGUGCAAAUGUUAAGGACAGCAGUGAGGGGAGGGAGGAUUUCCAGAGGCAGCCAGACGAGGUAGCGCAGUGGUGGGGUGAAUGGAGCAGCUGGUCCACCUGUUCCCGUACCUGCGGAGGAGGAGUGCGCUCUCAAGAGCGUCACUGUCUGCAGCAGAGACUGACGUCGACCCAAAACAUCAACAGUUCCUUCUGCACUGGACCGUCCAAACAGUAUCAGCUGUGUACAAAUCAGCCAUGCCCAAACAGCAGAAUCAGCUUCAAACAGCACCAGUGCUCUCAGUUCAAUGCCAAAGCCUUCGGCAGGAAGCACUAUGAGUGGGUUCCACUUUAUCCGGAUGAUUACAUCAACAUCUCCAAUAAGCCAUGUGACCUCCAGUGUACCACAACCACAGGAGAAAGGCAGCUGCUGGUGCCUGCCCAUGAUGGGACGUUCUGCAGGGACGGGAUCUAUCAGGGUGUUUGCAUUGAGGGCCAGUGUCAGGUGGUAGGGUGUGAUGGGAAAUUGUAUUCCAGUAAAACCAUAGACAAAUGUGGAGUCUGUGGUGGAAACGGAGGUUCUUGUUAUCGUGUCUCAGGAUCUUACCGGAAAGGGAUCACACAGUUAGGUUAUGUGUUCAUAACCAAUAUACCGGUUGGUGCUACUGAUAUCCAAAUCAUAGAGCGGCGGAAAACUGAAAAUAUCUUGGCUCUGUCUGAUGAAGCGGGUCACUUCUUCUUCAAUGGGAACAGUGUGAUUGACAAUCCACAGAACUUCCAUGUUGCUGGGACAGUCUUUAAGUAUAGGAGGCCGGCUAACCUCUUCUCUGAUGGCUUUGAGUACAUCAUGGCUCAGGGUCCCACCCAUCAGGCCCUGAAUGUCAUGUAUUACAACCUCAAUGGAAAGAUGCCUCACAUCACAUAUGAGUACACAGUUCCUCGAGCUCCGGAGCUGAGGGCGGCACCUCCCAUGAUCUCUACACCUGAGCAACCUCAAAUAAGCAACCUGAUGUCAAAGACAUCCAGAGACCCCUCAGCAGCAGAGCAGAAGGUGAACACAUCCUCUACAGAGCUCUCCUCCACUCAUAAUGAAAUUGAGGCUCGUAAGGAGUAUGGAAAGAAAGGCAACCAGAGCACUUCAAUGGGACCUCAAGAUAAUGUGGAUGUGCAUGUGGGUCAUGAGGAGCUGCUGUGGGAACUGCAGGCCUCUGUAAACUUCAGUGAGCUGGUAUUGUUUAGACCUGCCAGUGAGGUCCUCCAGAACGAGCUAGAUGAUGAAAUGCACCGUCUUGAGGCACAAGCUAGUUUUGGCCCUGAUUCCAACCUGAUUGAUGGUGAUUCGUCUAGUUCUAGUGACUCCAACCACACUUCUACACCGGUGCUCAAGAGUCUCUUCUAUGAUGGAGCGUCUUGGCCCUCAGGCUCCAGACAGCCCUGUAAAGAUGGUUCUGCACUCACGGGUUGUGCUGAGCUCAAGCUCAACUCUUCACUGGACAACAGCCUAACACUGGAGAUCUACCCAGGCAACCUGGACAUGCACAGUCCAGAUGGAGAGUCUGUAUUUGAGGCCAGGACUAAUGACUCAACAAGCCACCGGUCCAACCUUCUCCAGCUCCACCAGGUGGAGCCAGUGCAAACCCCCCACAGCGAGAGCAGUAAUGAGUUUGAGGUGGAAUCUCUAGAUCGUGAUAUCAGCAUGUCUGACAUGUACCGAUGGAAGGUUUCUGCGUAUGCACCCUGCAGCUCAACGUGUACAACAGGCAUAAGCACAUCUUAUGCAUUAUGUGUGAAGUAUGACGGGUCAGAGGUGGAUGAGAGCUACUGCGACGCUUUGACCAGGCCGGAGCCCACACACGAGUUCUGUACAGGGAAAGAGUGCCAGCCCAGGUGGGAAACUAGUCGCUGGAGCGAGUGUUCCCGGACAUGUGGAGAGGGGUUUCAGUUCCGCACUGUGCGCUGCUGGAAGAUGAUGGCACCGGGAUUUGACAGCUCUGUUUAUGAUGAGCUGUGUCAGGCUGCGGAGCUGCAGAAGCCCAUCACAAGGAAAGCCUGCAAGAGCAAAAGCUGCGGCCCGCAGUGGGAGAUCUCAGACUGGUCUGAGUGUUCAGCGCGGUGCGGCGGUCGUGGGGUGAGGAGCCGUGAGGUGCGCUGCUCUAUGGAGGCCUGUAAUGAGUCCACCAGACCGGACAGCCAGAGAGAGUGCGAGGGGCCGCCCUGUGACCGCAGGUGGACCGUCUCUGACUGGGGGCCGUGCUCAGGGCCGUGUGGGGAGGGCAGGAUGAGACGCUAUGUGGUGUGUAAGAACAGCAGUGGGAAGGUGAUUUCUGAUGGCCAGUGUGAUCCAGAGCUCAAGCCGCUGGCCGUGCAUCCGUGUGGAGACAAAAACUGCCCCGCCCACUGGGUGGAGCAAGAGUGGGAACAGUGUAAUGCCACAUGUGGCCGUGGGGUGAAGACGCGUCAGGUGGUGUGUGCAGGGCUGGAGGGUGGCGUCUUCAAGGAGUUCCCUGAAAGGAUGUGUGACAGAUCCCUCAGACCUGCCGACAGUGCGGCCUGUUUUGAGAGACCCUGCUCCAAGUGGUUCACCACAUCCUGGUCCCAGUGCAGUAAGACAUGUGGGAUUGGAGUGCGUGUGCGAGAGGUGAAGUGUUAUCAAGGAGAAGAACUGGGCCAUAGCUGUGAUUCAACACUGAGACCAGAGGCCAGGCAGAGCUGUGAGGUGCAGCCCUGCACUACUGAACCACCAGCUGAGGAUGCUUGUCAGGAUAAAGCGACAGCUAACUGUGCCCUUGUCCUGCGGGUGAAGCUGUGCACUCACUGGUACUACAGGAAGGCCUGCUGUCUGUCCUGCAAGAACAAGAGCCAGUGAAGGCUGUCUGGCUCCUCACUGUGGCCUUGCAGUUAAUGUGAAGACCCUCCUCCACAUACUGGACGCACUGAACACAGAACUGACCAUAUCCAGCCCUCCAACCCCAUUGCUGUCAACCUCUCCUUCAUAAAAAAGGUGCUAUAUCAAAAGGGCACUGGCCCUGGUCGUGGUCCUGCAGGGACCCGGUAAAGGCAGCUCCUGUAACUGGACUGCAGAGGAGCCGUGGGUCUACUAAUGAUAGAGACACACAGUCCUCUGAUCAGACAACUGUAAUGUGUACUGUAGAAGCCUCCAUUCUGCUCUUACACACUUCGAAAUAAAUACACACACAUCAUAUGAUAUAUGUACAAAGGGUUUUUUUAUUUUGUUUUUGUUGGUGUUCAUUUUUCCUCUAGAAGAAGAAAUAAAACUAAAGUGGUUUUGAGAUCUGCGUGGUGUUUUUUCAUACAUGCAUGCUCAGUAUUUUCAUGCUUUUGUCAUAAAAUAUUCUUAACAUUUGAAACAAAUCCAGUUAUGUCAUUCAAGCUUCAUUUUAUACAGUAAAUAUAAAUAUAACAGUAGGGUACAAUGAGGCCAGUAUGUU